ACUCCGCACAAUCUAAAGGUCAAGGGCUCAGGUUUGAUCUAGUGAAUCCACACUGCCCUCCUUCCCAUUCCCAAAGUGUGCCAGAGCACCUACCUGCCCACGAUGUCUCCAGGAUUGAUUGAACCAGGACUCUGGGUGGACAAGGAAAUGAUGAUGUUCUUCUACGAAAUCUUCAUCUCACUGAGAAACUCCUUCUCCUACUACUUCAGGUCGGCGCAGGUGGAGCCCGCCCAGUGCCUGAGGAAGGUGAGCUUGAAAAAGAGCCUGAUGUCCACCAGGAAGCAGUACAUCAACGUGGCUGUGACGGGGCCGGUGAAUUCUGGGAAGUCUACCCUGGUGGACGCCAUGAGGGCCUACGGCGAGGAAGGGGAGGAGGCCGAGCCCAGAGCGGCUGGGGCCAGCUGCAAGGGCUUGCCCCGAUCCUAUGUCUACCCGAGCAACCCCCGGAUCCUCCUGUGGGACCUGCCAGGCAUCGAGGCCAGCGAGGUCAGGCAGCACGCCUACGUGGAGAAGGUGGACCUGCGCUCCUAUGACUACUACAUCCUGACCUCCAGCAGCCGGAUGGACGAGGAGGUCCUCUACCUGGCCAACGAGAUCUCCCGGAUGGGCAAGAGCUUCCUGUUUGCCCGCACCAAGAUUGACGUCUACGUCAGCGACACCAAGCAGCAGAACUUCAACCAGGGUGACCUGCUGCGGGAAAUCCGUAAGCACUUCUCCAAGACCCUGAAGGCCAUCGGCGUCCACUUCCCGCACGUCUUCCUCCUCUCGGCGCUGGAGCCAGACAGGUACAUUCCCUCAUGCCUCCUCCUCCUCUUUCGGCAGGUCAGACAAGACACAGUGGUUAGUGAGCAAAAGCAGAAGAGAAUUCCAAAUGACUGGACUCCCUCCCCACUACCUUGGGGCUGCUCCGCCUUGCUGUAUAUACCCUUUACAAACCUGGUUCCCCCCCUCCAAAUAAAAUAA